AUGCCGUUCUCUCGACCAUCUCAUCUCCCUUACCCGAAUACCUGGAGCCGUUUCACCACAAAUCGUGGCACACUCCGAAUCCAAGACGUGACAGAAGACAUGCAGCAGCAGGCAAUGGACCUGUUGACCACAUACUUCACUAGGGAUGAGCCGCCCUGCAAAUAUAUUGAAAUCCACAAGCAUCCGACAGCGCUCUCAGAACUCCAGAAGCUGUGGCGCAACGCCCUCAAAGACAACAUAUCCAUCGCGUGUGUGGUAGAUGACGACUCACAGCCUCCUAACAUCAUUGGCCUCAACGUCCUCAAUGUCGUAUCUAAGGAGGACAAAGAGGAACCAUUCCAGACCGAAGAUUCAGUUUGGGCGCAACUUUUCGGAGCAGUAGACCUUGUGGCAAGGAGUGUUGAUAUAUUCUCUGAAUACGGGGUGGACAAGUAUCUGACUGCGUACGGUCUGGUGGUAGACCCUCAGUGGAGGGGAUGUAACGUGGGCAAGGAACUUUUGUUGGCCAGGAUUCCGCUCUGCAAAGCGCUGGAUAUCAAAGUGACAGCAACAGUUUUUACAGCUGCUGCAUCGCAAACUGUUGCAAAAAAAGCCGGCUUCGAAGAUUUAUACGAAAUAACUUACGAAGAACUGGCUACAAAAGGUUUUGUGUUCCCCAACAUUGAGAAAGAUACGAAGACAUCGAAACUAAUGGCAUUGGUAAUAAAUUAA